CUGGUAGCUAGAUGAUCACGAUGCACACAGCAGUUCACAGCAACAGAUACUGCAAAACCGCCUCGAAGUUGCGUUGAAACGACAUAAAUAACUGGGAUGAUGUCUGAUGUGUGUUAUUUCUUUGAGAAGUAAUGUUUGCUGGCGUCAAUACCAGGUCCUUCUCUGGGCGAAAUCGCGCUAGCAAUAACACACCCCGCUACAAUCAACAGCUCUCCUAGCAGGAUGGCCUCACACAUAUUAUCGCGGUUCCUACCGUCUAACAACAUGGCACCGUCGAUCUACGAAGACUUGAGGGCUGGCGACCAUGGGAUGUCAGACCCCGGAGAUAUCGAAGAGCGAGCUGCCAUGGCCAUCGACGAGGAGAACCUUUCAACCCGAUACCAAGACUACGAGCUCCAUGAAGACCUCUUCGACGGUCAUGAAAGCCGCAUGACGACAGAAAGCACAGCAUUUCUUGCACAGCAAGUAAGAAAGAAACCACACAAGAGUCCCGGCAGGGAUCGGAGGUCGAAGGGUGGCGCCAAAGCCAAAUGGCUAUCGCGCUCACCGAGGAUGCUGGGCGAUGAUGGCGACGAUGACGUUCCAGCUUCUUUACUGAUCGAAGAAGAAGAGGAGGGUGGAGGACCAAGUCAUCCAGCGGCCCAACAACACUCCCCGCGACCAGCUAAGAUUGCUCCCAUAACAGGAACUGCAACACAAAACGCCCAGGCUCGAUGGGCUGCAGUACAAGAGCAGCAACGGCUGCACGAUGACAUAGGAACCACUCGGCCAAAGGCAGCUGUUCCCAAACCCGGGAUAUUCUCUGCGAGUCGAAAAGAGAGGGCGAUGUGGAUGUGGAUAAACGUCACAAACUUGGAUCGGUUUAUGGGAGAGAUUUAUGCAUAUUAUCGUGGGGCUGGGAUAUGGCCCAUAUGCCUGGACAGGCUGCUCAACCUUCUACGCAUUGUAUUCGUUGCGACGUUUACAACCUUCCUCACACAGUGUGUCGAUUACAGCAAGAUAAGGCAUAGCACAUCUAUGUCACAAAUUGUUGUCCCACAAUGCACGAAAAACAUGUCUGGGAUGCCAAACUUUGCGAUAUGGCUGUUGGUAUUAUAUCUCAUAUAUCAAUCCAUAUUAGAUAUUGUCGACAUCUCCCGCUUGAGGAGGAUGCAGGACUUCUAUCUGUACCUGUUGGAAAUCCCUGAGAGCGACAUGCAGACGAUAUCGUGGCAGGAGAUAGUGGCGAGGCUGAUGAACCUGCGCGAUUCGAAUCCGAUUCUAGCAGACAAGGUUUCACCAGCACUACGCCACUUCAUGGGCACUCAGUCUAAGCAACGCUUGGACGCCCAUGAUAUCGCCAACAGGUUGAUGAGGAAGGAGAACUACCUUAUUGCGUUGUUCAACAAGGAAAUUCUUGACUUGACUCUCCCCAUCCCGUUUUUCAGAAAUCGCCAGCUGUUUUCGAGGACCAUUCAGUGGAACUUGAACUUCUGUAUCCUCGAUUUCAUAUUUACCCCUGAAGGGCAAAUUCAGCAGAUGGUGCUGAAGGAUAGCAAGAGACGGCAAUUAAGCGACGCUCUUCGCAGCAGGUUUCUGUUCGCGGGGUUGAUGAACAUUAUCUGUGCGCCUGUUAUUGUCUUAUACACACUUAUUGUGUAUUUCUUCCAGUAUUUCAAUGAAUACCACAAGAAUCCGGCGGCACUUGGGUCGCGACAGUACACCCCACUCGCGGAAUGGAAGUUUAGGGAGUUCAACGAACUCCCUCACCUCUUCGACAACCGCGUAAACAUGUCCUACCCAUUCGCAUCACGCUACGUCGAGCAGUUCCCCAAGAUCAUGACCGUCCAAAUAGCACGAUUCGUCGCCUUCGUCGCCGGCGGCAUAGUCUCCAUCCUCGCCCUCGCCUCCAUCAUCGACCCCGAGCUCUUCCUCGGUUUCGAAAUCACCCCCGACCGCACCGUUCUCUUCUACCUCGGCGUAAUGGGCACCCUCUGGGCCGUGGCCCACGGCGCCGUGCCCCCUGACAACCAAGUCUUCGACCCGGAAUACGCCCUCCGCAACGUGAUCGACUACACGCACUACAUGCCGAAGCAGUGGAAAGACCGGCUCCACACCGACGAAGUCAAGCGCGAGUUCGCGGAACUAUAUCAGAUGAAAAUAGUCAUCUUCCUCGAGGAGGUACUGAGUAUCAUAUUCACCCCCUUGGUGCUCUGGUUCACCCUCCCCAAAUGCAGCGAUCGCAUCAUCGACUUCUUCCGCGAAUUCACAGUCCACGUCGAUGGUCUCGGCUACGUCUGCUCCUUCGCCGUGUUCGACUUCAAGAAAGGCGUAGGCGGCAGCGCCGUCCCCCCCGGAGCAGGGAACGCCGCAGAAGGGUUGAGAGAUGAAUAUUACUCCACCAAGCACGGCAAGAUGGCUGCGUCCUACUACGGCUUCUUAGAUAACUACGCUACGAACCCCAAGACUGGAAUCCCAGGCCACGUGCCCCCGGGCAUAAAACACCAAUUCCACCCCCCUCCCUCCUUUCCAGGGUUGAUGUCCCCAUCUCUCACGGCGGACAUGCAGACUUCCCGCCUUGGCGGUCAACAUCAACAUAAAUCCCGUCCUGCGGGCGCAGGGCUAAUACCAAGUCGCACACCGCGCUUCCCAUCCACCCCCGCCGCGGCGCACGCAUCGCCUAUGCCCUCUAUGCUACUCGACCCGCACCACCAGCCCUCAACUACUGGCUUCGGCGGCGGGGGUAAGAGUUUCCACGGCGGCCCGUCGGGGAGGUGGAGGGGUCAGCAGCCUAGGAGUAUUAUUGAACAGCCGCUUGAGGAUGGGGAGGAGGAGGAGGCGCCCCCGGUGCCGUCGAUGCCGAAUGAGAGUAGUGGGCUUGAUGCGUCUGUUUGGGAGACUUCGCCGGCGAGGAGUGGGAUUGGAGCGGUGGAGGGGGGGGAUGGGGGCGAUGGGGAUGAUGGAGGGGUGGGAGGAGGGGUGUUGGGGUUGUUGUAUCAGUUUCAGAAGGCGCAGACGGACACGAGGCCUGGUGUUAAUAUUUAA